CUGGAAGGAAUCCUUCCGUUCUCUUAGCACCAUCCCCAGAUAGUAACCGGGAACGUGGAGAACGCAACAGGUCCUCACAGAAUCCUGGGGUCCCAAAGUCCCGCCGCCCGCGUCCCUCGCCAGCAGGGCGGACUCUGGCCCAGCUACUUCGGUGGUCUCCGGAGACCCGGAUUUAAAUAAUUCAUGAGCCGGGGCAGGGAAGAGAGGCGGCUGUAGCUGCGGUGACCCAGGCUGGAGCGCUAAACUGGGGAGCCGCGGGAUGGUGCUUUGAGUGAAUGACCUUCUUGAAGAGCACUCUGCUCCUGUUUCAGAGAACCAGCGCUGCCAGGAAGCAGACAGUUCCAUAGGCCCAGGAAGGCCCAUCUGGUCUGAGGCGUCCAGAAACUACCUCAUGCUUGGGUGAUCAGGCUGGCUAGCUAUGGCCUUCGUACUGAGAGUCCUGCUGCUGCUGGGGCUGUGUGGAAGUGCCUCUUCGACAGGGCAGCUCACGACCACAAGUACUCCUGGGGUUUUGCAUUAUGAAUUGCCUACCAUGGUGUAUGAGACCCAAGGCACCUAUGAGCCUGGGUUUCUUGGUCCUCUCUUCCGAAUGGUGCACAACUUCCUCCAAGUGGUCCAGCCCCACGAUUUCCCUCUAGAUAUUGUCACAAAACUCAUACAGAGGAAAUUUGACAUCUCAGUCGAUUACAAGGAGGUCGCCUUCUAUGAGAUUGGCGUGCUGGUAUGCGUCUUACUGGGCCUGCUGUUUCUCGUUUUCAUGCCACUGGUGGGCUGCUGCUUUUGUAUGUGCCGUUGCUGUAACAGAUGCGGUGGAGAAAUGUACCAGCGACAGAAGAGGAACGAGAGCUGCCGGAGGAAGUACUUUGCAUUGUCCCUCCUGGUGAUCUGUAUGCUCAUGAGCCUUGGGAUCAUGUUUGCCUUUGUGGCCAACCACCAGGUUAGGAUCCUGAUCCAAAAGACAAAGGAUGUGGCAGACAGCAAUUUCAGAGAUUUUCAAGUACUCAUAACUGAAACCCCAAAGCAAAUCGAGUAUAUAGUGUCUCAGUAUACCGCCACCAAGAACAAGGCAUUCUCAGACCUGAACAGUAUCGACUCAUUGCUGGGAGGUGGAAUAAAAGAUCAGCUAAAGUCCAAAGUGACCCCUGUUGUGGAUGAGAUCAAGGCCAUGGCAACAGCAAUCAAAGAGGCCAAGGCUGCCCUGGAGAACAUGAACAGCAGCCUACAGAGCCUGCAGGAUGGAAGCAUGCAGCUUAGCAACAGCCUGACCAAUGUGAAAAAUGACAUCGAGAAUUCACUCAACAACAGUGACUGCACUUCAGGACCAGCCAGCAGGGUCUGUGAUGGCAUCAGGACAUCGCUAAGCAAUCUAGAGAGCAACCCCGGCCUCAGUCAGCUCCCUUCUGUGGAUAGAGAACUCAACACUGUUACUGAUAUCCUUAGAACUGAUUUGGAAGCCCUCAUAAAACAGAGGUGUGCAUUGAUCGAUGAAAUACCUGAUGUGGUACGAAACCAAAGCAUGAUUGUCGUCACAGAUGUCAAAGAGGUCUUGAAUUCCAUCAGCUCAGAUAUCCACAAUAUUAGCCAGAAUAUUCCUAUUGAAGAAACGCUGCUGGAACUCUCUGGUCAACUUAAUAACAGCAACAGACUCUUCUAUGAGGAAAUGCCCAGGCUAGAGGAAUAUGACUCAUACUGGUGGCUGGGCGGUUUGAUUGCCUGUUUCCUACUGACCCUCAUCGUCAUUUUUUUCUACCUGGGCUUGCUCUGUGGCGUGUUUGGCUAUGACAAGCGUGCCACCCCAACUGGAAGAGGUUGUGUGUCCAACACUGGAGGCAUCUUCCUCAUGGCUGGGGUUGGAUUCAGUUUCCUCUUUUGCUGGAUACUGAUGAUCCUUGUGGUUCUUACUUUUGUUGUUGGUGUGAAUAUGGAAAAAUUGGUCUGUGAACCUUAUGCAAACAAGAAAUUAUUACAGGUUUUGGACACCCCCUACUUGCUCAGUGAUCAAUGGGAAUUCUAUCUCUCCGGCUUGAUCUUUGGUAAACCAAACAUUAACCUCACUUUUGAACAAGUCUACAGGGACUGCAAAAGAGGGAGAGGCUUUUAUGGUACUUUUCAGCUUGAGAAUGUCUUCAAUAUCAGUGAUAAUCUCAACAUCAAGAAGCUUACUGGAAACAUAAACAGUGAAUUUGAAAACCUCAGUGUGAAUAUUGACAACAUCGAACUGCUAGACGCACAAGGAAUAAAAGUCCUCCGGGACUUUGCCCAGUCUGGGAUAGAUAGAAUCAAUUACCCUCUGUACUUAAAUCAGACUGAGAACGCUCCUACAAAAGUGGAUCUGGUAGCAUUUUCCUCUUCUCUGGAAACACAAGCAAACCAGUUGCCUGAAGGAACUUUGAAGCAGUCCUUGAAUAGAAAUGCACAAACUAUUAGAGCAAUUCAUCAGCAGCACAUCCUUCCUAUGGAACAAUCACUGAAAGCUUUAAAGCAAAGUGUCCGGAUACUUGAACACAUAAGUGAUGGAUUGCCGGAGAAAGUAAAGGAGAUCCUUUCCUCUUUGGAUUCUGUGCAGAACUUCCUCACCAAUAAUGUUUCCUUCAUCGUCAUUGAAGAAAGUAAAAAGUUUGGAAGAAUGAUAGUAGACUACUUCGAACGUUAUCUGCAAUGGGUCUUGUAUGCUGUCACAGAGAAAAUGACAUCUUGCAAGCCCAUGGCCACUGCACUAGAUUCGGCCAUCGAUAGUGUUCUGUGUGGCUAUGUUAUUGACCCUCUGAACUUGUUCUGGUUCGGCAUAGGGAAGGCCACCGUGCUCUCACUUCCGGCUGUCAUCAUUGCGGUUAAGCUGGCCAAGUACUAUCGCCGGAUGGAGUCGGAAGACAUGUAUGAUGAUGUUGAAACUGUACCCAUGAAAAAUUUGGAAAAUGGUAAUAAUGGUUAUCAUAAAGAUCAUUUAUAUGGUGUUCACAAUCCUGUAAUGACAAGCCCAUCACGUUAUUAACAGUGGAAGUUGAAAUUACUUGAGCAUCAAGACAGUCCAAGUGGAAAGGAUUCCAGACUUCAGAUAGUUUCUGAAUCUUCUAGAACUUUCCAAGUCCAGGAGGAAGUGUGGUAGCAACUCAGGCAGGCACCAAGAAUACAGUGCCAUUGGUCUUGGCAAGUGCUUUGUUAGGAAUGAACAGUCACGUUUGUAAUCCAUGUGUCCAUCACUAGUCAAGGAUGACUGUUCCCUUCCCUGCUUAUUUUUGCUUUUUGCUUUUUUAUACUGAAUUUCUAUUUAGACCCGAAAACAUAUGGAGUGUUUGUUUCCAUUGGAUAUACUUCUCUGUGAGACAGCUAUUCAGAUGUCAUAGCUGAUUCCUAACUUACUUCCAUAUGUGGAGUGUGCUAAACACAAAUCAGUUUAUAGAAAGGAUAUAUUUUGUGUAUAGUAAAUUGUAUAUAUACCUUUUUACCACAGUCAGAGGUUUUUAAAACAAAUAUGAACUGUAGAUUUUCUUCCAAGUGAAGUAAUUGUUGGGUCAGGGUUGACAUAGUGGUGCUGUUGAAAAGAAUCCAUUUUCACCAAAAAACAUGUGAAGCCUGCAGCACGUCCACCUCUCGGAUUCCCAUCAGCUUGUCCGUGAUCUGUCUGGUGUUUGGAAGCAGAAGGCAAAAGCAAUCACAGAAAACCCUGCUCGAUACCACCAACAAAUUCAGAACAGAGAGAUCUUCAGAGACAGAAAUGCUCCCCAGUUGGAAGUGGAGUUAUUUUCUCAGAUGCCUAUCCCAGCACACAUUUCAGUGAAGCUUUCUGAUUUGUAAGGAUGAGCAUUAAGUGACGGGUCACCUGAUUAUUGGUGGGAGUCUAACCUCAGACGUGAGGCACUCCGGGCCUGAUUCUGAGAGAUAGUGUGAAUGGAGCCUUUGGAGUUUGGUCCUUAGAAACACAUGGAAGCACACUUGAUGUGUGUGUGUGUGUGUGUGUGUGUGUGUGUGUGUGUGUGUGCUGUGGGUAAUUCAUGUUGAGUCAGCAGUAAUGGGAAACUGUCAAGCCAACAUGAGCAUGACAUCCUACAGCUAAAGGGGCAGCUUUACACCAGGCCUUUCCAUGCAAGACCACAGUUGUGAGUCAUUUCAAUAAAAAGGAGCUU